CUUCGACGUUCACCCGCUACUAAGCGACGCCCGCAGCCCCCUCCCCCCCUCGUCAGCAUACAGAGACUAGCUGGCUCCUGAUCAUUCAACAGCGCCGGCCUUGGCCCACGCUCACGCCCACGCCCACGCUCUCUGCCAUGGCGUUGCCGCCUGCGCAUCAGCAGCAGCCACCAAAGCGUCAGCCGGGAGUCACUGGCCUCUAUCGUGCGCCGACGUGGGCUCGUAAUAUCGACUUUGGCAACUCUUUCGAUCUAGGCAUCUCUCCAGGUGCAACGGAGGCUUCUCCAUCUCCCACCACUCCAACUUCUCCGACUACUCCUCACCGUACGACGAGCCCUCGCACACCCCCCAAGGACGCAGGGGCCGAUGUGAGAGCUCCCCAGGGAAGAUCUAGCGCAUCGUCGAGCCCCAGAGCAUCUUUUGCAGUCAGAAUGUCGCCGCAAGCCUUUCGUGAGCAGCAGCUGAGGCAGCCUUACGAUGGUCAGCCGAGUGGUGUCCGAUCUGCAGACAACAGCCCCUUGUCAUCGCAGAUCAAAAAGCAGGGAUGGUCUACAACGCCUCAACGGCUAGGAACGCCAGAGGAGAGAAGCGUGACGGCCAGCAUGACGCCUACCGCAGUCGCGACGCCCAAAGCUCAGCCCUUGAUGGGUUCGAGCGCUGCUUAUGGCUCCUUCGCACCAGAUUCGACGAAUGUAGCAGGGCCUUCACAUUCACGUACUCCGUCCGGACAGUACUUUGGCUCUUCUGCAGACCUAUACGCCCAGCCAGAGAUGCCUGCGCAAUCUCCAGCGAGCUUUACAAGACCACUCAGUUCAUUGAGCAUGGAGAGUAGUGGCGCACGAUUGGCCAAUCUCAGUGGAGCUAGCGGACCAGGCGAAGGUAGUCACCACACGCAUGGGACGGGCGAGAGCAACACCAACAAAAGGGCGUCAGUCUUGUCUUUUCAGACGGCUUUGAGCGGCCCCACAUACGCCAAGAGCGUUGAAGGUCUCAAUGGCGGAGCCGCGACCCCAACAUCUGCGCAGCUUGGACCACAGAUCGCGAGAGGGCAAGGGCAAGCGGCAAGCGGGUCCAGCGGGGGCGUUGGCAUCGGUGCAGAGGACGGAGUGGAAGUGAUGAGUUCAAAGUACGCCAACGGCCCUCCAGCUGCGAGCUCAUCAGAUCUCAAUCUGCCAGGAGGAUGGGCUAGUGGAUCCGCCGCUAGCAGGAGGAAUUCACCAGCGUUGAGGAAGCUGGAGCUGAGUACGGCGGGCAACGAGGUACGAAGGCAGUCCAUGGCAUCCCCGUCGACGGCGAGCACGAAGCAGAGCCCUGCGAUGACACCUCAAUCGCCCCUGUCGCCGACCAAUUUUGUCGCUCAAGGUAUCGUGUCCGAUGAGUCUGCCGAGCAGACCAGUUUGGAACGCCAACGUACGCUGAAGGCAGCUCACAGCCGGGUAGCUUCAGACUCACUUCAAUUGAAGGAGCAACCACAGACGCCUGCAGUAGCAGCGCGUUCCGCGGCGACACCUCUCCCGCCACCAGCAGUCCCAGACAAGGAGCCUGCCCCCUCGCUCCCUGCCAAGGAAUCUCCCUCACCACCAGCAAAGCCCGUCAACCUCACUUCUCCCCUCUCCGACAGUGUGAUACCCCCUCCUCUACCAAGCAACGUUGCGGCCAAGACUCCCUUGAUGAUGGCACCAGCAAAUCUUUCGUCUCCAGUUUCCGACUUUCGCACCAGGCCCCUCGUCAACGUGACGCCAGCGAUGCAAGCAGCAGGUGUGGCCUCGCUUCAGGAACAAAAAGGAUUAGCGGGACUCGGGGCUCACAAUGUUGCGGGUCCAGCUCAGCGCCAGGAGGUCACGCCGUCUGAUGGCGAGGAGGAGAAUACCGAUGUCGCAAAUAGGCGGCCUCGUGCAGGUUCCAAUGCUGGGAUGCUGCCACGUGCUGCUCUCGUCGAGGCGCCUACUGUCCCCGAACCACUUGGCCGAUCAUCGAUGGAAGACAGCGCCGAGACUCCAUCACGCGAGCCCAGCCCGCCGCCAGAAGGAGAGAUCGAGGCGAGGGCAGAGUGGGAGCGAGCAAUGAUGAAGCGCAAGCAGAAGAGCGACAAACCAAGUGACGCCGCUGGCAGACGAACGACGCUGCGGGGACAGCUCAAGCCGCUCCAGCUGGUGCCCAACGAGGCGGGGGGUCGACAGAAGCAGCCGUCAUCGCCCUACGACGGGAUGUCUGGCAUUUCCGGGUCCUCCCCAAUCUCGGAUCGUCUCAACGGUGCGCCGAGCGGAGCUAUUAGCACGCAGCAGCUCCAACGCCAGCAAGCGCGAGACCAGCGACGCAGCGUAGGCGCCAUCAAUCUGGCCAUGGGCGGCGGCAAUGACUUUGCCCUUGGCAGCAACGGGCCGUAUCCCUCGUUUCCUUCUCCCUCCACGACUGCCACUCCUGGAGGAGCCGGUAUUGCCGGUGGUCGCGUGUACCCCGGUAUGAUUCCACAGCGCAGUCUGGUUCCGCCGUUCGAGCUGCAGCAGCGCCCAGACGGUCUGCUUUCGGGAUUGAUUGGACCCGAUGGAGUGCGGCGCAGCGUCAACGACCCAGAAGUCUGCCUUGAAUGUAUGAUGAGGGACGAGGAUAUGAUUGAUGUUCAUGUUGUUGGGCCUGGUUUGUGGGAGAGGGAGAGCGAUCGCGACUUUGACGAUGCCCUGCGUACCGAAGCCGAGGACGAUGCGCGGCGCGCAGCAGAUCGCGAGAGAGGCAGUUCAGCGACAGGCGAGGAUCAAGGCAGCCUUGCAGGACAUAGCAGCUCGCAGCAGCAUGGCCAGCCGACCUCGUCCUCAUCAGGUCGGGCUCCUCGAACCAAGAUCCGCGUCAAGCGCGUGGGCCAGCACGAUCCACUGUCGGCUGACCGCCUCAAGCUGCACACUCAAAUGAAUCCGCCAGCGUCGUCUCAUCGCUGGAGGACGCUGCAGAAUUUCUUGUCUGUCCAAGCAAAGUAUAUUGCGAUGGAGCAGCAGGCGAGACAGGAGGAAUGGGAGCGUACUCAUCCGGUCGAGGCGAAGAUGGCCAAGGAGCGUGCUGCCACGAUUGCCAUGGCUCGCACCGGCUCAAACGACACGGCUCCAUCGGAUCGGAUGCCGGGUGCCGGCUUGUCCAACCGUAAGAGCAUCUCGCGGAAUCGCAGCGCCUCUGCACUUCUCAGUGGUCCCGGCGCCGGUCGUGCUCAGCUCAUCAACGACGAGGACUUGGGUCCCGAGGAAAGGAUGCUCAAGGAGCGCGAUGUGGCCUCGGCACGAGAGGCUCGUCGAAAGAACGUCAGCUCUGACGCAGGGCUGAAGUACAAUCCCAAUAAGCAGAUGCCUGUGCCCCCCGUGCCACCUCAACUCAACCUCAGGACAGACCCGCACACCAUCGACGACCCGCAGCAACACCGUCUAUCGUCGAGUGCCGGCGUCAUGACUCCGAGAAGACCAGUGCCGUCCAGUCGGGUGCCUCCACUGAAUCGCGGUGCGAGCGCUUCAGAUCUUCGCGGCGUGCCCGGAUCGAUGGCCACUUCCCCAGCCAUGCCCUCCACGCCAGACGGUCUCAUCCCGCCUACGCCUCUACAGAUGAGCACGCCCCGUGGCUUCGGCAAUCGCACUGCAUCGCAGCUCUCUCUCGCACCGAGCGGCUCCAUGCUUGACAUGCACGUCGCCGUGGGUCACGGCGGUCCCGCCUCGAGCAACAUAGGUGCUGGGGGCCACCAGACUCCAAACAUGCCUCUGCCCUCGCCCAUGGAUCUCGACCGUGAGCGAUCCCGCUCUUCAUCACCCCGCAACUUCUUUGGCUUCCCAGGCGAUGGAGAUGCCAGCCCAGCGAUGCGCCCAAGCUUCCAGCAGGACGAGCGCAGCGCAACUGGCCCGGCAGACCACCCUGGCGAACGCAGAGAUGGUGCGGCCACUGGUAAGAAGAAGAAAGGCCUGCGUGGCUUAUUCUCCAAGAUUUCGGGCUCGGCCAGCGGCAGCAACCCCAACAUGAACAACGUCUUCCAGCCUGACAAACGAUCCGACGGAUCUGGAAGCCCGGUUCAAUCAGCUCGGAGGGGAUCGAUGUCUGCAGACUCUGCGCUUGCGCCGCCUCCGGGGAUGGGCGGUCUCAUGGGUCGCGCAAGGAGGUCAACGUCGUCGCUACUGGGCGGACGAGACUCGGUUGAGCAGGUGCGCGACUUGUAUACGGAGCCUCCCUCUAUGCCCAAUCCGGACAGAUUCGAUAUGGGUCCGUUCCAGCCGCCGCUACCGCCGGAGAGAAAGCAGUCGAAGCUGGUCCCUGAAGAGAAUCGGGGCAUGGGCUUGCCACCAAUGCGGACCUCUUCGUCGUCAUCGUACGGCGCCCCGUUCCCACCUUCGCCCGCUAUGCCCCAUCACGGUGGUGCAUCAACCGCCUCGUCGAUGCGAGGAUCAGCACCGCAACCUCCUGCGCACGGUCAGCAGCAGCAACCAAGACAGCCAGUCAAUGGCAGCUCACCGAGCAACAGUCGUACGACUUCAAUGGCAAGCAUGCAGAGUCGUCUUGCACCUACGCCGCAACGCAAGCUCCCGACGAUCGAUGCCAGCCCAGGCACGGAGACGCAGCCUCUUGACGGUAUGGGCCGAGCUCGUAAGCAAGCGCGAGGCAGCGGCAUCGAUCAAGCCAGCGUCCGAUCCGCGAGAACGCAGACCACUGAAGCCUUUGGAGACGGAAGCAGGCAACGUCCAGAGUCUCGCACCUCUGUCGCUGACUCGAGGCGGUCACGCUUGUCGGUAGCAUCCAAGCCGCCAUUUGACUCGCUGCCCUUGCGCAACAGCAGCAGCUUAAUGCAGACGCCGUCCUCCUCGCCGCCGAUGCCGCAAGGUGAUGGAGCGGCAGGAAGGCCCAGCCUCAGUAUGCCCCCGUCACGACCACAGAGGAGCCCGCGCAGACAGGAGAGCAAUUCGAGUCACAGCACGGCGGCCACCGCCAACCAGCAAGCGACGUCGCAGCCAUCGGUGCAGCCCGCUCUCCCUCAGUCUCGCUCCUCGGCCUUCCCGCCGCCGCAGCAACGCUUCUCAUCAGUUCCCGCGGGCGCGCAGCCGUACAUGCAACCCAUGUCCGUCGGUAUGCCCAGCCGCAACUUCAGCGGUGGCUUCACUCCAGAGAUGCGACAGGAGCUUGCGGGCCAGCAACCGCAGCACGAGUCUCACGAUGCCACGAUUUCCGCCCGCCGCGGCAGCUCGGGCACGGGUGCUAGCAGCAAGGCUGACAAUCGCAAAAGCAAGCUCCUCAGGCUGCCAUUUGGAUUCAGUGGCAAGAACAAGAAUCGGUCGUCGUCGCUUCUGCAGCCUGUCGACGGUGGCAGCCGUGCCAACGAAGAGGCCCAAGCUUGGCCCCUUGCCCAACCGCAACAUCCCUACGCCGAACCUCAAGAGCAUCUAGCCAGUCCCGGCGGCGGCGGCGGCGGCGGCGGUCUGCGCGCCUUUUCCGCUCCCUUUGAAACGCAAUCGCUGCGCAGUCGUGCAAGCGCCAACGCCCUCAAUAGCGGAUUCGACGACUACGAUGACGAGCAGCGUGGGGGUGGCGCUACGACGCCUGGCCCAUCUCGCCCACGCAAGUCGAUGAAUCUGUUUGAGCGCCCAAGGGCUUUCAGCUCGGUAGGCAGAGGCGGAGAGGCGGACCUACCACCACGCUCGGCGAGUGCGCUGGGCAACCUACCCCUCUCUGGUUUUGUGAAGCAGUCGCGCUUCUCGAGGGCGGGGAAGAGCGGGGGCGGUAACUAGUCGCGCUCAUCCCAUCGUGCAGUUUUCAUUCCUUGGCGCUCCAUUGCAUCGCCUCCUCAUCUUCGACUUUCCCAGCACCCCCAACCUCCGACUGUACUUUCUCCUCUCUCUUCGUCGUGCCGGUACUCUUUUUCACGCCCCAUCUCUACUUCGACAAUUAAUUUGUAGACGCCGCCACGGCGCAGAGCUGCCCUUGAUCUGUAAGGACCGGUGACCU